AUGCCGCUGCACUUGCUAGGAAAAAAGUCGUGGAAUGUCUACAAUGCCGACAACAUCGCCCGCGUUCGAAGAGACGAAGCGGCCGCCAAGGCUGCGGAGGAAGAGGAGGAGCGGCGCAUGCAAGAAGUCGAUGCUCAGAGACGAUUAGCAAUCCUGCGUGGCGAAUCACCUCCUCCGAUAGAAGAUGAACGAGACACCGAACCAGAAAAGACCGAGGGCGCCCCCAGUAACGCGCGACCAAGAUUCCCCGGUCAGGGCCGCAAGAGGAAGCGGCCUGGGGAGGACGACACCGAGUUCGAGCUGCGUUUGGCGCAAGAGAGGAGCAACGCAACAUACUCACUUGUCGAAUCCAGUCGUAAGCCUGCGAGCUCGGCUCCAAUUGUCGAUAGCGCCGGACACAUUGAUCUUUUUGGCGACCAACGAGCGAGGGCGCACGCAGAGAGGAACGAAGAGGCGGAAGCCGAAAAGAAAAAGAAGGAAAAGGAAUAUGAAGAUCAGUACACUAUGCGAUUUUCCAACGCGGCUGGGAAAGAUGGCAUCAGCAAGCCGUGGUAUUCACAGCGCGAAGGGGUCGCUCCAGACACUUCGUCCAAAGACGUCUGGGGCAAUAACGACCCCGAUCACAUGGGCAUCGACUUGGAGGGGGAGAGAGGCGAGAAGGAAGAAACAGUUCAGAUUCCAGAAGGCGUGAUUCAAGCAGAGGGCGGUACAAAUAUGGGGACUCGGAGAGACGUGAGCGUCACGAUGAUCACCGUGAGAGGAGACGGCACAAGGAAGAGGAGCGGCGAAGGCGGCAUGGAGACUCGCGCUCACGCUCCCCGGACCGGAGGCGGCACCGGCACCGGCGCGAAGAAAGAUGAGAGGCGGGAGAUGGACCUUGUAUUAUAA